AUGGAACACGAGGGCCAUCAUAACCAAAAUAAUGUGGAAAGUUUGUGGACGUUGCACGAAAAUGUCAACUGGGAAAUUCAAGAAGAGCGUGUCCAAUUUCUAAUUGACAUUGGUCCUUUCAUCAGUGAUUGCGCGAGUAGUGAACUUCCCGACCUGCUGAGCAUUUUUACAAAAGGAGAAAUCGAUUGCCUUCUUACAGAUACCGUGCAAUUCUGGACUGAGUUGGGUUAUGGAAACAGAGAUCAUUUCCUCGACUUUCUAAUUCGUGCCAGGUACAGAGAUGAUCCAGAGCGCGAUGAAUAUGGUUACAUCGUGGUAUCGUACACCACACCGGUUCAUCAUGCGGCCAAACUCUACAUGUUUGACAGGACAACCGUACUCUAUCGACUGUUUAAGAUCUACAACCUAGUCGAUGUAAAUUUCGUCGAUGAGACCGGCCUGUCUCACUUUCAUAUCGCUUGCAUGUCGGGACACGUUGACGCCGUUGAAAAUUUUCUCAUGUGCGAACAGGAUCCCAAUUGUACGUGGACGGAUACUGGCGAGACACCUCUGCAUCUGGCCGCGAAGUACGAGCACAAGGAAGUGAUAGUAUUAUUGAUGAAAGCCGGUGCCGAUUCAAACGCGAUGGACUUUAGUAGAAGAACUCCGCUUCACAGUGUUUGCAAGGCAAAAGGCUACGCUGCUCACGAAGUGGUCGAGGUAUUAUUCAACAAUAUUUACUACGAUUAUCAGCCAUUCGAUGUGGAUGCUCGAGACAGCAUUGGUCGAACGCCGUUAAACUGGGCUCUGCAGAACAAGCCACAAGAGAAGCUUGUCAAAUUGCUUAUGAGAUAUUGCUUCGAUCAAAAUAUAGCUGAUUAUUACGGCGAGACGCCCGUACAUAUCAUUUGCAAAAGAAGCGACGGUCACAUCUUUUUGGAGAAGUUUUUCGGAUUCAGCAGGGAACUCAAGCGUACGGUGGAAGUCAAUGGCAGAGACCUGGACGGCAAUACACCCCUUCACCUGGCUCUGAAAAAGAAACACAAUAAAAUGAUGCGUAUGCUGCUGUUGAACGGCGCCGAUCCAAACAUAGCGAACAAUAAAGGAUGGAGUGUUAUACAAAUUAUUUUUCAAAAGCAGUGCAUCGAUUAUCACUGGGUUCACAUGAUACUGACGUGCACUCGCGACCAGUACAGAGCGGGAGUGCUCGAUCGUCAAACCAAAGAGGGCAACACGCUGCUCCAUUGGGCCGUGCGCAACAAAAAGACAAAGAGGAUCGAUUAUUUGAUGGAAAAGAGGUCCAAUCCUAAUGUCACCGAUUCCAAGGGCUUUACCGUCAUGCACAUGCUAUGCCAGGACGAUUUUACGCUCGCUUAUCAAUCGAAGAUGAUCGCGAUGCUGUUGGAAUACGGCGCCGAUCCGAACGUGCCCUCGCCGAGAGGUCACACCGCGUUGCACGUCAUCUGCAAGAAGGCCGGCGACAAGGCCGAUUUGGCGGAGAUGUUCCUGAAUCUGUGCAUCGAGAACAAGUGGCGCAGGAUAGAGAUCGACGCUCUGGACGGCAAGGGCUUCACGCCGCUGUACUGGGCUCUGAAGAAAAACAACCUGGAGGUCGCCAAGCUGCUGCUGAACAAGGGCGCGAGCCCGUAUCUGGCAGAUGCCAAGGGACUGACUCCACUGCACUACAUCUGCCAGAGAGACGACGACGACGAUUUGGUGGAGGAGUUUUUCCGCAUAUGCGAAGAAAGAGGGGAGCAGGUACAGGUCGAUAUCCCGAAUAAACAGGGCAAUACAGCGCUGCACUUGGCUUUAACCGGCCGCUGCAAACGACACGUAGUCGAUGUGCUGCUGAGGAGAGGCGCCGAUCCCACCCUGGUCAACUUGACGGGUUGGAAUGCCCUGCACUUUGCCUGCAAGAGAAAAUCAGAUGCCGAUAUUUUGGCCGAGUUGCUGUUCGAGUUUUGCGACGAAUCGGAUCGGCCGUUGGAGGUCGACCCCCGGGACAAUUCGAACAACACCCCUCUUCUCCUGGCGGCCAAGUGCGCGUGCGACGGCGUCGAGGAACUGUUCCGACUCCUGCUCGAGCGCGGCGCCGACCCGAACGCGCGCAACGACGAAUACAAGACCCCGCUGCACAUCGUCUCCGAGAGAGACGACAUAGGCAAUUACUUCACGGUUUUCGCCCAAGCGGCACCCGCGGCACCGGGCGAACCGGUGACGAUCUAUGCCACGACCGACGACAACAUCAAGGCACUGGUCGACCAUCUACUGCGCAAAGGCGCCAAGCCGAACGCGGGCGACGCCGAGGGUAGCACCGCGCUGCAUCACAUCGCCAGGAGGAAGCGCGACGAGGGCCUGGCGAGCCGGUUCUUCGAGAUCAACGACGAGCUCGGGCAGCGGGUCGAGGUCGAUUGCCAGGACAUCCAUGGCGACACACCACUCCACUUGGUGCUGCGGUGCUUCCGUGGCGAGGCGAACGCGUUGCCCGAGCUGCUGCUGAGGCGGGGCGCCGACCCGAAUAAACCCAACGCGGAGGGAUUGACCCCGCUGCACAUCAUGUGCCACAGGACCUCCUACUGGCAGGGAAUAGGCGAGCUGAUCUUCCAAGUCGUCGCGGAGAGGAAUCUGCGGGUGGAGGUCGAAGCCAGGGACAGCGAGAAUCGGACGCCGCUCAUGUCGGCCGUGGCCCGUGUCGACCUGGGCAUGGUCGAGUUCCUGCUGAGUAGAGGCGCCAGCGUCGCGGAGAACGACUUCGUUUUCCCGAAUUACGAAGAUUUCGACUAUGUGUUCCGAAAUAUCGGCUACGAAAACAUGAUCCUGAAGGUGAAACUGGCCGCCGGCAUUCUGAAGGCUGUCGAGAUGCUCGAGGACAGAGGAUUCACACUGGGGCCCAAAAGCACGAUGGCCAUCUUCAAGCUGUUCGCCAAUCGCAAGUUGUACGAGACGUCGGAAGAGUGGUCGUACAAAAAUUCCUUGCCCGACGACGAGCUCGAGCCGCAGGGCCCGGGACGGUGCGAGAUCGUGCCCGGCCUGACGCUCGAUCAACUCAUCCGUUUACCGAUCCGAGAGGCCUCGACACGACUCGAGCUCGUGGAUUACUACAAGUUCGCGGACAAAUACGAUCGCGAGUACGAGUACAGCACUUACGGCACCAUGACCGAGGAUUGUGUGCUGCACCUGUGCGAGAUACUCUCGAGGGAAAUCUUCGAGCGCUGGGCCACGCAGGCCGUCUACGACAUGACGGGUAUGCCGAUUAACUGUUGCGAUAUGAUCGCCUCGGACCCAAAAUUGAUGAACAAGGAUCUGUGGAGGAUUUGCUUGACGAACAUGAACAUCACCGAUAAGCAGAUCGAAGAGGACUCGCUAUUGAGGGUUUUCAUGCCUGCCAGACAUGGUUAUUUUUAA